AUGGCGCCGGCGCUGCUGGCCUUGGCCCACUGGAGCACCUGGGCGGUGUGCGCCGUGAUCAAGCUGCCGCAGCUGGCGGCGGUGCUGGCCGCCAGGUCGGCGCGGGGGGUCAGCGUGGGCAGCCUGCUGCUGGAGCUGGCCGGCUUCCUUGUGUUCCUGAGGUACCAGAUCUAUUAUGGUUACCCUCUGCAGACAUACCUGGAAUAUCCCAUCAUCAUUGCACAAGAUGUCAUUCUCCUUUUGUUUAUUCUGCGUUUCAGUGGAAACAUGAAACGAGCUUUGUUUUAUGCAGUCAUACUGGGGGGGGGCUGGUACAUGCUAACACUGCGGAAGUGGAUAAUAGACCUGGCCAUGAAUUUGUGCACACUCAUCAGUGCAGCCAGUAAGCUGGCUCAGCUGCGGUGCCUCUGGCAGACAAAAGAUUCUGGACAAGUGAGCGCCUUGACCUGGAGUAUGUCUGCAUAUACCUGUGCAACAAGAAUAGUUACAACUGUAAUGACUACGAAUGAUCUCGCAGUUCUCAUCCGUUUCAUAACCAUGCUUAUUCUCAAUAUUUGGGUCACAGCCACAAUCCUUCACUACAGGAAAACUAAAAAGACUGAUUAGAAGACACUCAUCAGCACACAACAUAGGUACCAUCAACCCCCCCCCCAAUAUAAUUAAGCUUAAACAACAGAAAAAAGGUUGAGGAAGCUCGCUCUGUCUUAAGCCUAGUAUUUAUCCCUAAGCAUAAUUAGUAGAGUCAUGCUUAUUUUCUCUUAGAAAUAAGUCUGAUAAGAUACUUAAUUUAAGCAGCAUAUUUUUAUUGGUCAUUUAAGACAAGUUUCACUGAUAUCACAUUUUCUCUGGACUUUUUUACUAAAUGAAGAAGGUAUUUCAUAUUUAGAUGUUCAUAUAUCGUAUCACUUCAGUACUUUCUGGUUACAUAUAAGCAAUUUUCUUCAGUUACACAAGAGCAAUUUUGCACCAACAUACCAACUCAUCUUUCUGCAUCUGCUGCAAGUUUGAAAAACAACAACAGAUGUUUGUCGUCUUCUUGCAGGCAACUCAAUUAGUUAGACAUUAACUAUCUGUAUUUUAGGAUGAAGAAAAUCUGAGUCAAGGCCUAAUCCAAAAUAAGGUUCUAAAUGUGUUUUACUAAGUCACAAACCCAGUUGGGAUUGUAGUGCUUACAUGCAACACUUAAAUAGUACAAUUUAUACAACUGAUACAGGAUACCCAUGGUCACUUUCUUCAAAAUACCCAGUUUUUAUUAGGAUAUGAGCAAAAACUCAACUAUGAAUUCUUCUUUUUCAGCCUGAGCUCUCAUUCACUGAACAUACAGUUUUGGGAACAGCAGAGACUAGAGCGUAUAGGAAUUAAUGAAACUUUGACUAACAGAGUUAAAAGUUGUGUUUGAGCCAAAGUUCCUGAACUGAUACCCAAAAUCCCUAAAUGCAAUCCAUACUGACAGUGACCCCUUUACUUGUACAGCUUGAUGCAUCAUAGCAGACUCGUCUCCAGUGGUGACUGGGUUUUGAUGAUACUGCUCUGUGCUUUGUUAGUUUUCAGCCUGUCCAUGCUGAAG